GCCGAUCAGACGCCGAUGCCGCAGAAGAGGCGCCGCCGCAGGAGGAGGUCCCCUCGCGAAGGACCCUCCCGCCGGCGCCGCGGUGAAGAAGGCGCAUCGUUCUCUGGAUCCCUUGUCGAAUCGGAUAGCAGCAGCACGACUUCCAGCGCACCGCCGUCCGGAUCCUUGGACGAGCCGCCGGUCACCCGGCCGGCCCGCCAGUCCAGGUACCAUGAGAUCCUCGCCUCGCGCCUCGCCCGGCUGCAGUUACAAGCGGGCGUCGUCGUCGCCGCCGACGACACCCCAAAUCUUCCUUCGGAUGAAAUUGUCCAAGUCCUCGCUCGUUCCAAUUUCUAUGACGAUGAGCUGCGGGCUGCUCUAGUAGAAGAUCAAGUCCACAAGUUCUUGAGCGUACCCCACGGACCAGAUGUUGGAGAUACAUACUUUGGAGAGGACUCGGGCGAUGAUAUCACUGCGGAGGAAUUCGCCAAGUACUCCGGACAACUAAAGACUCGCAGACCGGCUGAAAUUGACAUUAAGACUGGACUGAAUCAAGAGCAGUUGGACAGCCUCCUUGCCAAGUAUAAACGUUAUCGCUUCAAAGCUUACCUGUUGUUGUUAGGAAAGCCUGUCGACGAGCUAGAAGAAGCUGCAUUGGAAUCCAAGUACCCUAUGGAGCUUGCCUUGGAGAAUGACUUCUUCUAUCCUUGCCAUCAUGAUAGCGCCUUUGGCUGGUAUUUUGACUCCGACCUCUGUUUACUUGCAAACUUGAGCGACUACCAGCGGCUAGUCCUUCCUAACCGUGGUGGGAAUGAGUAUGAAUAUGACAGAUGGAGUCAGUACAAAUCGUUUUAUAACACCCCUGAUGCUGAUAGAGAGUAUGUGCUGUACUGGGAAAAGAUGGUCAAGGAAAUGAAGUGGCUUGAAAAUCAUGUGCUUAAAGAUUUUCUGGAGUGGGAGCCAAUGCGCCGUAAAGGUUUGUACCAAUCAAUUAAGAUUGCCAAUGGGUUCAGCAACAUUCAUUUGGGUCUAGCAUGUCAUGGUUUCGAGGAGUAUGUAUUGAGGACUCGCCUUUAUCGUCUGUUUGUGGAAGGUCUUUACCGUGCCUUUCUUGAGAUUUGGAAGCGGGUCAAUGAGGGUCAGACGUCUUUCAGAGAUGCUCUGCAGGAAGUUUACAAUGAGAAUCCGGUUCCAUUGCGCCAACAUACUUUGAAGGCUGAGCUGGAGUGCCUGCAUGAUAGCGCCUUUGGCUGGUAUUUUGACUCCGACCUCUGUUUACUUGCAAACUUGAGCGACUACCAGCGGCUAGUCCUUCCUAACUCUGGUGGGAAUGAGUAUGAAUAUGACAGAUGGAGUCAGUACAAAGCGUUUUAUAACACCCCUGAUGCUGAUAGAGAGUAUGUGCUGUACUGGGAAAAGAUGGUCAAGGAAAUGAAGUGGCUUGAAAAUCAUGUGCUUAAAGAUUUUCUGGAGUGGGAGCCAAUGCGCCGUAAAGGUUUGUACCAAUCAAUUAAGAUUGCCAAUGGGUUCACCAACAUUCAUUUGGGUCUAGCAUGUCAUGGUUUCGAGGAGUAUGUAUGGAGGACUCGCCUUUAUCGUCUGUUUGUGGAAGGUCUUGACCGUGCCUUUCUUGAGAUUUGGAAGCGGGUAAAUCAGGCUCAGAUGUAUUUCAGAGAUGCUCUGCAGGAAGUUUACAAUCAGAAUGCGGUUCCAUUGCGCCAACAUACUUUGAAGGCUGAGCUGGAGCAGCCCGGUGGUUUUUUGCAACUGGAGCGACAAUUCCGCCGAUGCACGGAAGGCAUUAGUAAGGAACUUCCAGAUCGAAGAGUCCAAGAGUUGAUUGCACAGGAAAUUAAUUACAAGCGUGCGUUGCCAAAGACGUACGCACAGUACGCCAGGAAGAAGCUCGUGGGAAUCAUUCCCAGGGCCGAGAUACCAGCGUAGCUGUGUUUGUUUGUUGCUGGCUUCCGUGGUGAUCUCUUGGCAUUAGAUGCCCAUGUACAUGUGGGCUUAUAUAUAUGACGUACCCUUGAGC